CAAAACGAGUAAGGAUAAUAUUAGUUUAUUGAACUGUGUCUCUAUAUAUACGUGGAAAGGUGGAGAGAAACAUCUGCAACAUCAUGGCUACUUCUCUGCCGUCCUUCAAUGGCCUGAUAAGGCCACGUCCUACGCUCAAGUCUCGCAAAUCCCUGAAAGUUAGAGCUCAAAGCUAUGGAGAUCAAGGGAACUCAGCAAAUAUUGUGGAUGCCAACAUAAAUACUCUGAAAGAGAGGAUAGAACAAGUGAAGAUGCAUGAAAGGUUGCAAAGAUACUGUAAAGGUAGUGAAGGGUGGAAUUAUCAAUCUGGAUAUGAUUAUAAGCUUAAGAGAGAUGCCAAUGUGUAUGAGUCUUUAAAUAUUGCAAGAACAGUAGUUGGUACACUUGGGUUUACUUUUCUAAGUGGUACUUUUUUUCUUUAUCUUGUUUCUCUUCUACUUCAUCUCAGCCAUUGAUUAGGAAUUUGUUAUCAUUGUAUAAUAGAUUAGGGUAUUAUUUAGUUCUUUCACUUGUAUUGACGUUAUAUGGGAGAAGCUAAAAUACCGACUUUUGGACGGUCAUCA